UCCGGUUCCUUCCUCGCAGAAACCAAACCACGCGAGGAGAAGAGAUUGAGAGGGACGACGAUGGCGAGGAAGAGGAAGGAGCUGCUGUCCUCGGCGCCAUGGCGCACGGGGGAGGCGGAGGAGGACGACGAGGCGGCCAGGAUGAGCCGCGAGGGCAAGGUCAGCGUCACCAGCAACCCCGGGGAGACGGCCACCAUGAACGUGCCGCGCAGCAAGCGCCCCGACCUCGACCUCACCGUCGACGACUUCGAGGAGGACGACAUCGACCCCGAGCUGCGCUACUCCUUCCAGCGAAACAGCAGGUUUCUGAAGAGAGUUUUCACUGUGGACACACUUGUCAAGCCUCUUCCUCCUGUGAUGGCAUACAGUGUCUCCCGGAAUGUAAACUUUUUCUUCAAGAUCUUCACACAGUUCUGGGACGAAGAGGGAAUUGCUAAUGCACAGAGAUCCCUUGGACUGGGGAGUGAGGAUGGUUCCCGACGGGUUCGCUGAUCACCAAUGGUUUACUGAGCAAGUUUCUGUAAUGGAUAUCUCGUUGAGCUAGAUUCUGGAGGGUUUGUUAUACUUCAGAAGAAGGGUGUGAUAUGUCAAGUUUGGAUUCUAGUAUUUGUUUCGUGCAUUUUCUGCUAGUAAAACUGGCUGUCAUAUAUUCUAUUCACAAAGGUCGUCCAUCUUUUUUUUUGAACUUAAAAUGAUAAAGUUAGUGCCUCAAUUCACACAUUUUGAAUCAGAUUAUAACCCUUAACUGUA